AUGGCUGUCGCAUUCGAGAAACUUGGAGUAGAACUAAUCGAGCAGCUCGCCGAAAAAGUCAUCGGGGAGAUCAUCCAGGCCAUCGAAAAUCUCAUCACAAACAAAGCCGACAACCCUAUCCGUGAAGCCUUCACGCAAGAGCAAGUCGGCAAGGCUAUGGCUCUCGUCAAUGAGCCUACCAAUUGCAUGGUGAUUUUCGAGCACGACAAACAUGAUGCGAGCGACCUGAUAAAGAACGGAUGGAAGAUGGGAAAGAUCAAUCUCCUUGCUUCAUGUCUCUCAAUUACAACAGAGCGACCAGAUGAAGCUGACGGUCUUGAACAGAUGAAUGCUACGUUGGAAAGAAGCCGGCGACAUUUCACCUCCAAGCAGACGGCGGCUUUCUCAACUGGUGUUUCGGGGGAAAGUAUAAUCGACACGGUAAUGAUGUGA